UUCUUGGCCACGCCUGUCUCACGAGUCCAAAUCGACUCAUCUGCUCCGCUCCUCCUCUCUCCCCUUGUCUUCUUGAGCCCUGCACUGCACUGCACCCUUCUCACUCCUCAGGAAUCACCAAGCUUGGAAAUCUCACCUGCAAGCUUCGUUUUCUGAUCCAGUUCGGCUACCUCAGUAUCUCAGCUAGCCCGCAGGUCAGCAAUGGCGCUGGAUGAUCCGGUUGUUUCUGCUCAGUGGCUGCACCAGCACUUGGGGCUACCCGAUGUCAAGGUAUUGGACGCUUCCUGGUACAUGCCAGAAGAGAAUAGGGAUCCAUGGCAAGAAUACCAGGCGGCUCGUAUCCCUGGCACGCUGUUCUUCGACCUAGACGGCAUAAUUGAUCGGAAAAAUGAUUUACCGCACAUGUUGCCAUCAAAAGAGGCUUUUGCAGCAGCAGUUUCUGCACUUGAUAUUAGAAAUCAGGAUAAAGUUAUUGUUUAUGAUGGAAAGGGGUUCUUCAGUGCGCCUCGUGUUUGGUGGAUGUUUAGAGUUUUUGGACACGAUAACGUUUGGGUGUUAGAUGGAGGUUUACCUCAGUGGCGAGCUUCUGGGUUCGAUCUUGAAAGAAACAGCUCUGAAGAUGCAAUUCUGAAAUCCAAAGCUGCUAAUAAUGCUGUCGAAAUGGUUUACAAUGGUGAACUGGCAAAUACAAUCACAUUUCAGGCUGAAUUUCAGCCUCAGCUAUUCUGGACACUAGACAAGGUCACACAUAAUGUAGCUGUUCCAACUUACCAACAAAUUGAUGCCCGAGCAAAGGGCAGAUUUGAUGGUGUAGCACCAGAACCACGAAAAGGAGUAAGAAGUGGACAUAUACCAGGAAGCUUAAGUUUACCAUUCCCUGAGAUGUUUGAUGCUGCACCAAAGCUUCUCCCUGCAGAUGAGCUGCGUAAAAAGUUUCAGCAAGCAGGGAUUUCCAUCGAUCACCCAAUUGUUGUCACUUGUGGAUCUGGUGUAACUGCCUGCAUACUUGCUCUGGGGCUCUACAGAAUUGGGAAGCAUGAUGUUCCAGUUUAUGAUGGAUCUUGGACAGAAUGGGAAGCACAGCCAGAUUCUGAUUACCCAAAAGUUACUGCCACUGCUUCUUAAAAACACCAAUUCUGAUUAAUACAACUAUUGCAUCCUGGAGCAAUCAGUUUAGAUUGUUAGCAAGAUGACAUUUCUGUGUGACAACCGUUGCACUUAAACCAAGGUGAAGCUUACAGGGAUAUGAAAUGCCCAUUAUGCUUCAUGGUGUACUGUGAACGAUAGAGAUAUUGAGAGUAUACAUACAGGAACAGAUAUGGCACUGUUGCCAAUUUCUUAUCACCAUAUUGUCAACAUCAUAUCCAACUUAUGACUGACAAUGUAAAAAGCGUUAUUUGAACUGCUUUUAGACUUGAAAACAAUGCUAAACAUCUGAAGUGAUUUUAUUUGAUAA